AUGAGUUUCUUAGGAAGGUUGAAUUAUAGUGGACGCUUCAUUGCUCGAUCCACAGUAAUUAUAGAACCAAUUCUCAAACUCCUCAAGAAAGGUGCUCCAACUAAAUGGACGGAGGACUGUCAGAAAGCCUUUGACACAAUCAAAAGAUACCUAUCAAAUCCACCCAUUUUGGUCACGCCAAGGCCGGGAAGUCCUUUGUUGUUGUACAUGUCAGUAUCAGAGAAUGCUUUUGGGUGCAUGUUGGCACAAAAUGACAAAACAUGGAAGAAAGAAAGAACCAUAUAUUACAUUAGUAAGAAGUUCACACCCUGUGAAUCCAGCUAUUCCUUGGUGGAAAAGACGUGUCGCGCUCUAACCUGGGUGUCUCAGAAAGUAAGAUAUUAUAUGGUUGCAUACACCACCCAUUUGAUUUCAAGAAUGGAGCCCCUGAUGUACAUCUUUCGCCAACCUAUACCGAUAAAGAAGCUGGCCAAAUGGAAAAUGCUAUUAAGCAAGUUCGACAUUCAAUACGUUGCACAGAAAGCAGUUAACGGGCAAGCAUUAGCAGAUUUAUUAGCAGGAAGCCCAGUAGAUGACAAUCUCGUACCUUUGUGGAAUUACUUCCCGGAUGAAGAAAUAAUGACAAUUGAGGGCGAAGAAAAUGAAGAUGAAUUAGGAUGGAAAGUAUACUUUGAUGGAGCAGUCAAUUUUAAAGGUUCAGGAAUCGGGGUCGUCUUGGUUUCAGACUCAGGCCAAUAUUAUCCAGUGUCUGCCAAGUUGAACUUCAAUUGCACCAACAACAUGGUUGAAUACGAGGCGUGUAUCUUGGGUCUACGUUUAGCCCUUUACAUGGGUGUGCAAAACCUUCAGGUAAUUGGUCACUCGGAUUUGUUGAUUCAUCAAGUUCGAGGAGAAUGGGCCACUAAAAAUGAGAAGAUCAUACCCUAUGUCAGACUUGUGCAAAGAUUAGCAGAUCGGUUCCAAGAAGUCAAGCUCAAACAUAUACCAAGAACCCAGAAUGAGUUUUCUAAUACAUUGGCAACAAUGGCAUCCAUGAUUUAA